CCAGGAAAAAACAACACUGAACCGCAAAGGCCAGUGCAGUAUGAUAGGUGUAGGAAGCUGCUGCUCCUAGAGAUUCCGUGCAGGAUGGGUAAAAAGAUAAAAAAAGAAGUUGAACCUCCCCCUAAGGAUGUGUUCGACCCACUCACAAUUGAAAGCAAAAAAGCAGCCACUGUGGUGCUCAUGCUCAACUCUCCAGAGGAGGAGAUCUUGGCCAAAGCCUGUGAAGCCAUCUAUAAGUUUGCUUUGAAAGGUGAGGAGAAUAAAGCAACUCUCCUUGAACUUGGAGCUGUGGAGCCUCUGACCAAACUGCUUACCCACGAAGACAAAGUCGUAAGAAGAAAUGCUACAAUGAUCUUUGGCAUCCUGGCUUCCAACAGUGAUGUUAGAAAGUUGCUGAGGGAGUUAGAGGUCAUGAACUCUGUUAUUGCUCAGCUUGCUCCAGAAGAAGAAGUGGUAAUCCAUGAAUUUGCAAGUCUUUGUCUCGCAAACAUGUCGGUAGAGUACACUGGGAAAGUACAGAUCUUUGAGCAUGGUGGACUUGAGCCACUCAUCAGACUGCUCAGUAGCCCAGACCCAGAUGUGAAGAAGAACUCUAUUGAGUGCAUCUACAACUUGGUACAGGAUUUUCAGUGUCGGACAACACUUCAAGAACUAAACGCAGUCCCUCCCAUGUUAGAACUCCUGAAGUCCGAGUACCCGAUCAUCCAGCUGCUGGCUCUCAAAACCCUGGGUGUGAUCACGUGUGAUAAGGAGUCUCGGACAAUGCUGAAAGACAAUCAAGGGCUAGACCAGCUCACCAAGAUCCUGGAAACCAAGGACCUGAAUGACCUUCAUGUAGAAGCGCUUUCUGUGAUAGCCAACUGUCUGGAGGACAUGGACACAAUGGUGCUGAUGCAGCAGACGGGGGGCCUCAAAAAGCUGCUUUCAUUCGCAGAGAACUCGACAAUUCCUGACAUUCAGAAGAACGCAGCCAAAGCCAUUACUAAAGCAGCUUAUGAUCCGGAAAAUAGAAAAUUUUUUCACGAACAAGAGGUUGAAAAAUGCCUGGUGACCCUCUUGGGAUCUGACAGCGAAGGAACUAAGAUUGCCGCUUCCCAAGCUAUUUCCGCCAUGAGCGAGAAUUCCAGCAGCAAGGAGUUUUUCAACACCCAGGGGAUUCCGCAGAUAGUUCAGCUGCUCAGAAGCGACAAUGAGGAGGUGAGAGAGGCAGCUGCCCUGGCUCUGGCAAACCUGACCACCAGCAGCCCCGCGAACGCAAAUGCGGCUGCAGAAGCGGAUGCCAUCGCCCCGCUGAUAAACCUCCUGUCGAGCAAGCGGGACGGAGCCAUCGCCAAUGCUGCCACCGUGCUGACCAACAUGGCCAUUCAGGAACCUCUGCGCUCAGCCAUCCAGAGCCACGAAGUGAUGCACGCGCUGCUGGGCCCGCUGCACUCCACCAACACAGUGGUGCAGAGCACCGCAGCGCUCACCGUGGCUGCCACUGCCUGUGAUAUGGAGGCCCGCAACGAGCUAAGGAACUGUGGUGGUCUGGAGCCCCUGACUGAGCUGCUGCACUCCAAGAAUGAUAAGGUACGAAGGCAUGCCAGCUGGGCUGUGAUGGUCUGCGCCAGUGACGAGCUGACGGCUGUCGAGUUAUGCAGGCUUGGGGCUCUAGAUAUUCUUGAAGAAAUUAAUCUAUCAGUAAGUCGGAAAAAUAAAUUCAGUGAGGCAGCCUAUAACAAAUUGCUCAACAGCAACCUUUCCCUGAAAUAUAGCCAGACUGGCUAUUUGUCAUCAAGCAACAUAAUUACUGAUGGAUUCUAUGAUUAUGGUCGGAUAAAUCCUGGUACCAAGCUUUUGCCACUGAAGGAACUCUGUUUACAGGAGCUGAAUGAUCACCGUGCUAUUCUGUUAGUCAACAGUAAAUCUGACACCUCCCCACCUCCAUCUAUGGAGGAUAAAUUGUCAGACGUUGGCUACGGACGAAGCAUUUCUUCUUCAUCUUCCUUAAGAAGGGCAAGCAAAGAGAAGAGCACUGCUGGAUUUGGAUCUCCCACGGAAGAAAAAUCAGAGCCCACAUCAGGACGAAACACUGUCCUUGGCAGAGGUGCCACCAAGGAGAAAGGAUCAAGGAAAGGGAGGGGGAAAAAAGAAGAAGAAAAGGUGAAGGAGGAAGAAGAGGUCCUAGCAGUGCCCAAACUGACAGAGGGCAGCCCUGACAAAGAGUGGUACCCGCCUCCUGACCCUGAGUUCUGCCUGUACGUGUACGAGGUGACCAAGUCCAUUCUGCCCAUCACCAACAUUAAGGACCAGAUCGAGGCCCUUGCCAAGUAUGUAGCGGAUAAAAGGGUGGUAAGAUUCAAAAGAGAAGCAUCUUACUUCAGCUGGGAGCUUCAUAUAAGUGAACUGAAGUUUCAACUGAAAUCCAUGUCAUACCAUGGAUACAUCAAGAAAGGAAUCUUUUAUCACCGAGCUUUGCUCUUCAGAGUGACAGGUAGAACUUAUAUAGAUAAACCUUGUCCUGGAAAACCAAACAAACCAAAUAAAAAUCUCAAUAGGGAAAACAGCAAUUCCUAUCUACACCACCAUGUUCAGCAUCCAGGGGCUUGUAAUAGAAUCACCUGGGCUUCUGAAGCCCUGCUCUUCCAGUUUCUGUCUCCUACAGCACAUAAAUCCGACCACCGUCUUCGUCAAGUUGUGCUCUGGUACAGACACCCCACUUCAAAGUCAAUGCACCACCGACCAAGGUCAAGAGCCCCUGAUAGAGUUGGAGGGCCAACAGGGAGUUCCAACCCAAACAAGGAUGCUCACCUCCUGGCAGACAGUACCCCUCUGUCUCCUGACCUCCUGCGGGAUGACAAGCUUCAAACCAGUGAAGUUUUAAGAUCCUAA